GGCAAAACGUACCCCUUCGCUGCCUUAAUCCACGCGUCCUCGAAAAAAAAAGGAGGAGACGAACGGAACAGAGCGGCGACCACCAGGGAGCUCGGCGGCCACACCCAGAUUUGUGAACUGUCCGUCGAUCUGCAGGCCGAUUGAAGGUGGACCACCCUUUUUAAAAUUCCUAGACUCGGCUACCGUAGAGCGGAACUGUGCCCGCGCGAGAUGGGAAUGGAGGAGUCGGCGGGGGGCGCCGCGAGGCAGGCGAAGGAGUCGCUGGAGCUUGCGUUCCAGAUGUUCCAGAUCCUGGACACCGGCCUCGACCGCCACACCCUCUCGCUGCUCAUGGCGCUCUGCGACCGCGGCGCCAACCCGGAGGCUCUCGCCGCCCUUGUUCGCGAGCUGUCCUCCACCGCUCCCCCGUCCGCCGCUGCCCCCACCGCGCCCGCCUCCAACGCCGUGGCGGCACCGACCGCCCCCUCGCUGUUCCCCUCCAGCUUUCGGCAGCUCUAGGCUAGGGUUCGUGCCCUCGACCCCUUCUUCUUUUUCCUCAUGGAUGACACCUCUUGCCACUUGAUCGCGUUGUAUGUGUGUGCACUUAGGUCUUCCAUUCUGUAGGCUCAGGAUUAGUAAUGCAAGGGGAUCUGUGUCAAACUCGUCACAUUCUAGCAAAUGAUUUUCUCUUCUGUUGGCUGAAAUUGCUUCCUGGUUUGUAUCCUCAAUAUUGAUAAUGCAAUGGAGUCUGUCAAAUUCUGUUA